UCGAAAAUGUGAACUUCCGCCGUUUUGACAACGACGGAAGAAUUUCCUUUCCAUUCCUUUUUUUCGUAGUAAUGGCAACCAAAAAGCCAGCCGAGAAAUCCGCCAAACCGGGCGACAAGAAGCCCGAGAAGAAGCCAUCGGCCGCUUCAACUAGCUCUGCUUCAGCUGCUAAACCUGCAGCAGCGAAGAAGGCUGCCCCCGCCAAGAAAAGUGCCGCUCCAGCUGGUGGUGUGAAAAAGCCAGUUGCUAAAAAACCAGUUCCGGCCAAAAAAGCCGCAACCAAGGCAAAGCCAAGCGCAAAGGAUGCCAAAACUAAGGCUGCCGCUGGCAAAAAGCCACAAUCCCUGUUGGCUAAAUUGUCUGCGAAAGCUCGCGCUGCCGCUAAGGGCAAGAAAAUCGCCGCCAAACCCGGAGCUAAAGUGCAGAAGGGAACAGCGAAGGCUAAGGCUGUUGCCCUCUUGAAGGCAAAGAAAGUUCAAACCAAGAUUGUCAAGGGCGCUUUUGGUACUCGCACUCGCAAAAUCCGCACCAGCGUGCACUUCCGUCGUCCAAAGACUUUGGUGUUGCCACGCCGGCCUAAAUACCCAAGAAAGUCGGUGCCAACCAGAAAUCGCAUGGAUGCUUACAAUAUCAUCAAAUAUCCAUUGACUACUGAAGCCGCCAUGAAGAAAAUCGAAGAUAAUAACACUUUAGUGUUCUUAACUCACCUGCGUGCUAACAAGAAUCACGUACGUGCUGCUGUACGUAAGCUGUAUGACAUCAAGGUAGCCAAGGUCAAUAUCUUGGUGAGACCCGAUGGUCAAAAGAAGGCCUACGUACGUCUUGCGCGUGAUUACGAUGCACUGGAUAUUGCCAACAAGAUUGGCAUCAUAUAAACGUCGCGUUAUACGUUUCUUUUAUAUAUAGAAAUUUUCAAGAAAGCAAAAUGACGUAAAAAAUGGAUAUAAGUUAAUAUUAUCUAGAAUAAAAAAAAAACAAAAAAAUA